CAUUUCAGUCUAUAAAGUUUAAUUCUCGAAUUUACAUAAAAAUCAGAAAUUGGCAAUAUAGAAUGUCAAGGUUUAGGGCUCUGUUGCAAGCUUCUCUUAAUGCUACUAAAAGAGCUUUGGUAUGGAAUGUUGAUGACUUAGUUCCACCAAGUGAAAAGUAUAUUUUCAAUUUUAAUUCGAAAGAGGAGCUUAAAAGGUGGCAUUUGUAUUCGGAUUCUGAAUAUGGAGGCUUGUCAUCCGCAUCCUUGGAGAUAAAAGAGCCUGGAAAUGGAUCAAGUGGUAUUGGCUUAUUUUCUGGGAACCUUUCUUUGGAUGUCAGUGAGAGUUCACGAUGGAAUAUAACUCGUAGCGGAUUCUGUGGAAUGCGGUCUAAAAAGUUUGAUGGCUUCAUAGAUUUGGAUGGUUACGACACAUUAGCACUAAAACUUAAAGGAGAUGGGAGAUGCUACAUUUCAACUAUUUAUACAGAAAACUGGGUGAAUUCUCCUGGACAACAAGAAGACAACUCAUGGCAGGCAUUCGUUUUUGUGCCUAAAGACAACUGGUAUAUUGCGAAGAUUCCUCUUGCUCGAUAUCUGCCAACAUGGAGAGGUAAUGUGAUAGAUGCAAAGCUAGAGAUGAACCCAGCACGAGUGGUUGGCAUGUCUCUAUCUGUCAAUGCAGAAGGUGGAAUUCCCGAUGCUAGAUCUGGUCCAGGUGAUUUCCAAGUUGAAAUUGACUGGAUAAAAGCCUUGAGAAUGCAGUAAAUUAACGAAAAUCACUGUCCAGAGGGCACAAAACUUAAUCUUCGGGAAGUGAGGCAGUUUUACGCGUGUGCUUGUGUUUUAGUGUAUAAUCAUAACGAGCAUGCGAAAGCUAAGUCUGAUUAUUAUGCUUCCAUGCACAUGUUCAAUUUUGUUGGUGAGUACUUGAAAUUAUGGAACUGGGAAAAUCCAUAGACUAGUUAUGCCUACAGAGUAUUACAUGGUAGGUUCGUCUCUUUCUAGUGACCUGAUUUUCAUGGGAAUAUUUUGGGUUAGAAAUAAAAUGUAAAAGCAAUAUUUGUUGCAAUAGGACCAACUUAUUUAGGUGCCUUUUUUA